AUGCCUCGAUUUACUCUAAACUUAGCUGGUCGCGUAGCAGCUGGAAAGUGUUUUCGACUUUAUACGGCUUUUGCCUACCAGACUGAGCUGGAAGCACAGCCAGUGCCUGAGAUCCAGCGCAUCAAUUUGGGCAACGUAGUUCUGCUUCUUAAGUCUCUGGGAAUUGACGAUCUUCUUCACUUUGAUUACAUGGACCCUCCGCCUCAUGAAGCACUUAUUAUGGCAUUGGAGCAGCUCUAUGCCUUGGGAGCCCUAAACCACCGUGGAGAGCUCACUAAAAUCGGUCGUAAAAUGGCUGAAUUUCCUUGUGAUCCUCAACUUUCUAAGAUGAUCCUCGCCUCGGAAAAGUAA